AGAAAAAUACAUUUAACCCAACAAUCUCAACCGUAGGAACGAAAAUGGCGGGCAGAAGUACGGGUUCCCUCAAGUGAUUUUCUAUUUGAAAUCCUUGCUCGAUGUCAUUCAUUAAAGGCCGUCAAAACAGUCAAAUCUCUUCGGGAAAUGGCCACCGAUUUGUAAUUUUGACAUCGUGUCAAAAGAAAAGUUAAUUCCUAAUUGUUUACAAAUAUUUUUCAUAUUUAACAACGUUUAAUAGCUGGUAGAUUAUAUUUCAAGUUAAUUGAUACAAAAACAGAUUUCCAACAUGUCUGCUGGACCGUACAAUUAUUCCUAUAUUUUCAAAUACAUUAUCAUUGGUGACAUGGGUGUAGGCAAGUCUUGUCUCCUACACCAAUUUACAGAGAAAAAAUUUAUGGCUGACUGCCCCCAUACAAUAGGAGUAGAGUUUGGAACUCGUAUAAUUGAAGUGUCAGGACAAAAGAUCAAACUCCAAAUAUGGGAUACUGCAGGUCAGGAGAGGUUCAGAGCAGUCACAAGGUCUUACUAUAGAGGUGCUGCUGGCGCACUUAUGGUGUACGAUAUUACCCGAAGAUCUACCUACAAUCAUCUGAGCAGCUGGUUGACCGACACAAGAAACUUGACCAAUCCUAGCACUGUGAUUUUCCUCAUAGGCAAUAAGUGUGACCUGGAAGGCCAACGAGAUGUCACCUAUGAAGAGGCUAGUAAAUUUGCGGAGGAAAAUGGGCUCAUGUUCGUCGAAGCUAGUGCCAAAACUGGCGACAACGUGGAAGAAGCGUUCUUGGAGACGGCAAAGAAAAUCUACCAAUCGAUCCAGGACGGCAGGUUGGAUCUGAACGCCGCGGAAUCAGGCGUUCAGCACAAACCGUCGCAACCUGGCGGUAGACCGGGCAGCGCUGCAGGUGGUGACCAAUCGGGCAGGGAUAACUGCGCUUGCUAAACUUGGAGAUACAAGGGGGGAUUAUUGAGAAACCAGCGUGUGUACAGUUGAUUAUGUUACGUACGUGAUGAAGCGAGGGUUAUCUUUCAGUAUUUUUUGAUUUUUUUGAUACCGCUGGCUGGUAUUGCUCCGUUGGUUCAGUAUUAUAGCAUCUAGCCUCGCAUCGAGAAGCCUCAACAUACAAGGUGCUUCAAGACAAAGGUAAACUAUUUUUGUUUAAUUUUGAAAUACAUAGUGGUGAAAUUUCGGAUUGGAGCUUAAUAGUUUUGGAGGAAACUAUGUUACAACAUUGCUUUAACUUGCAAGAAAAAUAUUUUUAUAAUUAUUCACUUCUGAGCGAAAGUAAACUGUUGAUUUAGUUUUCAACGAUUUACGAAUCAAGAGAUCAGAUUUGCUAAGAACUGAAUGGUGAUCGUGAAAAAAUAUCACGAAAAACGCAAAGGCCAAUCACACUUUCCUUUAAAAUUAUUUAAAAAAGUGCGUAGUUGCCAUGUAUCAAGUUUCAUUAAAAUAUAGAAGAUAAUAUCAUGGAAAUUAUAAAAAAAUGAAGCUGGUACAAACUAAAAUGAGGCGAAAAUUCAUUCACAUUUACGUUCCUCAGGUGUUCUUCUGGUUUCUUGAUGAUUGUACAGGUAGGAUAAUAAAUAUAUUAUACUUUUAUUAAACAUCAAUGUGAUUUCUUGAAGUACUAGAGAGUUGGAUGAACUGACAUGCAAUAUCAGAAAUUUUACUUCAAUUUCAAACUUUUCACGUACGUAACACAUUCUCUUAGCAUCCUUUUAUUUACAAAAAAACGGUAUUUUACUUAUACCAUAAUUUAGAAGUUUUAUAUUGCUGUGGGAGAUAAAAAACUCUAUAUACAUUUCGUUUUAUUUAGUACUAUUUUUUAGAUAAGGAUUUUUUAAAAUUAAAAUUUAUUUGCACGUAGAAUUUACAUUUUCACGAAGUUGUACAGUGCUUAGCAUGACAGCUGUUUUGUGCUGUUUCACACGAAGUUUUCGGGGGUGUUGGAUCAAAUAGUCUGUAAAGGUCUUCGCCCACUGCACCAUACAAUAACAGGUCAUUCAUUUGGAGGCACUUUUUUUUUAAAGAAGACAUAAACACAAUCAACUAUACCGGAGUCUCUUUGCUAUCCAGAAAAAGCGUUCCUGACAUUCAGUUUUUGAAGAUUGUUUCUUCCAAAUAUCAGCAGCUUUGCGGUCUAUUCUAGAAUUUCGUUAACGCGAUCGAGCAUUUUUGAAUGGUAUUUGGCUGCUUAAACUUCAAGCUAAUAUUCUUCAAAACAUUUGGUAUUGUAACAAAAACACCGUUUUUACUAUUAUUUGAAGCAAAUAUAACAUCAAUUUAUUAAAACACUUGCAACUAAUUUAUUACAAAAUUUAUGACCAUGUCGACUGGACUAUAGUGUCUUCGCUGGUGCUGACUCAUCGCCUGCUAAUUUCUCUUUUGGGAACCAUGGUUUAAGCACUUGGAUCGCGUGGUGAUUUGACACCUCUAGAUUUUUUUUUUCAACAUUUAAAACCCGUUUUAAAGCUUUAAUCAUGGUUCCGAGUCGUAUCUAGAAAUGUUUAUUUUGUGACGGGUCACAAAGUAUAUUGAAAGAAACGUUUCUUUGCGAUUUGUCAAGAAACAGGAAGGACUUUGGAGACUUUAUUAUAAGUGUAUAUUUAUUAUAUGAAUAGAAAUUUUGAGUACUUUCAGACUGAUGCUAUUUUCAAGGUCUUCAAGCGGUCUUCACAUUAUUUUCACUCUACAAUUUGAAAUUAUGGAAAUGUGCAAUUUUUUACAUAUAAACACGAAAAAACGUCGCCGAUUGUUCAGACGCAAAAUGAGUUUCGUCUAAAUAUUAUUUGUAAUCGGGCACUCCAACAUUUUGGAAAAUAAACUCAAGAUAAAACUAAAAGUUUCUCGAAACGUUGUCUAAUUAGAAAAUUUGCAAUUCCAAAAUAAAUCAAGUUGUCCAACAUUUGACAAAAAUAAUUUUCUAAAAACGAAUGCCAUUUAGGUUUCUUUGUUUGAUAAAUAAACCUGACAAAUUUAAUUUUUUAAAAAAGGUACUUUUGAAUGGAAUACUGAUUAGUAUAGUGGGCAGAGACCAUAAUAGUGAUUGUAGUAUCACUGUGCAAAUAAAAUUAAGGUUUUCAUAUUGGAGAGUUGAUGUAGUCAUUUGAAUAUCGAGAUAUUACAAGCUAAGUAGCUAUAAGUUUUCGGUAGGUUUUAUCAAAAUGGAAAUAAUUUGAUGCUAUAAUCUAGCAUAGCUUCUCACCAUAGGUUUAAACAAUUUUUGUUUGAUAUAACCUGGAAGCCCGAGGUGCUGUUCUGUAACAUGCAUACCAAAAACACCUAUUUCUCUAGUAAUAGUUUUCCAAUUGAUAUCGAUAGCUUGUGAUAUCCCAUGUUUAUCUCACUUUUACAAUAAAAAGCUGAUUUAUAGAAGUAUAUUUACACUGAAAUUAGAAAUUCCAAGGUUCGUCCUAUCUAUAUGCUUUUCCUACUGUUAAAAUUAAAUUGUGUAUGGGCUUGAACACGUAAUAUUCCUUUAAGAAAAAUGAUUAUUGCAGAUUAUUGCAAAUUGUUUUAGUGAUGAAUGUUUGUAUGUGAUGUAUUUAUUGAUAUCAUAUAUAAAGAAUAAUAUAGGUAAUAAGUUAAAAUGCAUUUUGUAUUAUUUCCAAUGUUAAAAAAGUAUCAAUACACUAUUCUUUUACGUUAUAUA